AGAAUAGUAGUGAUCCCUUCCUACUUCCGAACAGUAAACAUUGGGACCACAAGCGUCUACGCUUUCUAACUCAUUUGUUUUACGUUUAAAUGAGCAAAUACCAGGAACGCGAAGCGAGGCGGCCAUCUCUGUCGGCGCGUGUGAGUUCCUUGCUCAGAACAUGAGAACAUAUCAAAGUUGGUGGUUCCUUUUAACAUGAGACUUCAAUAUUCCAAGGAACACAUCGACAACAGCCACCAUCGAAGCAGCGUUACCCAUGCAGAGUAAGGGGAACAACUACUCGAAGUCUCAGACACUGCAAUGGCAAUUGACUGGCUUGGAUUUGGCUAUGCUGCAGCCAUAGCCCUGGGGGGAUUCAUGGGGUACAAGAAAAAAGGUAGUGUCAUGUCACUGAUAGCUGGGAUAUUGUUUGGCAGCAUAGCUGCCUAUGGGGCCUUAAUGAUUUCAUAUGACCCAACCAAGACUUUCUACUCCCUCGUUGCCUCAGGAGCGCUGACAAUAGUGAUGGGAAUGAGAUUCAAGAAAUCUGGGAAAAUAAUGCCAGCUGGCAUCAUGACAGGACUAAGUUUGCUGAUGGUCCUGCGACUUCUCUUCAUGGGCGUGAUUGUAAUGUGAUUUGAACAACACAACUGUCUAAAGUGAGACUGAAAAUAUCACUGCAAGGGAUGAAGUUCCAUUUGCACAUUGUUUGUGCUUGCCAAAAUUGUUUUUGUAAUGAUUUGUUCAAUGAAUAUGGGAACAGAAAUACAGUAACAUUUACUACUUGAUCUGAAUAAAUGUUAUAGCACUGAAGGUAUGACUACUUACUUAGUUUGACAAUCAUGUUUAGCUGCCUUACUGUAAAUAACCUAAUAAAUUAUGGAAUAGCUCAGAA